AUGACAAGUACUUCUGAGGAGGCACCCAGCCACAGUCGUGCUGGAGCAACUGCUGGAAAACUGAGGACCAGAACUGUCUCCACACAGAUAUCUGCCAGAACCCUAAAGCUACAACACGUCAGAAGUAAAGGUACUCUUGCAAAACCCAACACCAAAGAUGCAUCUACAGAGACAGAUCAGUCUUGGAUGGUGCUGUCCUCCACACCAAUAAGAUCAUCUACCUCUGGGCUCGGUAUUGGGUCAAGGAAGAGACGUCGUACAGACAUUUUUGAGGAAGACGAGGAGGAUCCUGACAUCUCAGAUAUUUCCCCCACCACAACCACACGACUCUACUUAUGA